UAAUUUAUAUUUAUUUUAGAGUUUUAAGCAUCUAUUAAGCUCUUUUUUUGUUUUAAUAUCUGUUGAGUUUUUAGCAUCUAAAUCCAAAAUGCAAGUACGCCGCAACAUAUUAAAGAGCAUUAUGCCCGUACAGAUAUACAAGUCAAACAGUGCCGUUUAUAUGACCUGCCUGUCGAAGCUCUCGAUAUCGGCCUUUGUGCCCGAAUGCAAUCAAAAGCUGGUUGUGGAGAAGGCGAUUGUCGAAGCGCUCGACAAGAGCACAAUGCCCCACGCCCAUGCGGACAGGCAGCUGGAGGCCGAGCAAAUGUUGCACCGUUCAAAGACAAACUUUCGCCACGUGUUUGCCGACAGGUGUGCGGCGGUGAAAAAGGUCCAGUGGGGCACAAACACCAAAAUGUGGAUCAACAACGAAUACGAAGUCGAUCGCCCCCUAUCACCCUUCAAGGCUGAGCAAUAUGAUCGCAUCUUUAAGGAACAUUGUCGCCGCAAACACAACGUGCUACUCGAAGUGCCCAAUCUGCCACCCAUACGACUGUCGCUUGUGGCGUUUUUAUUGAAACUUGUCUUUGUGCUGAUCGCCAUGAGCAUUACAGUUUAUCUGCUGGCCGAUUUAUGACAAUAAGUAUAUUUCCGUCUUGUUUUC